AUGUCUUCGCGCGACAAGAAGCCCGCAAAACCCUCUGGCAGCAGGCCCGGAGGAAUCCGUACCCUCUCCGAUCUGAACCGUUCCACCGCUCACGACUCCGAUAGUGAUUCCGAUGGGCCUCAGGAGUACUACACCGGCGGCGAGAAGAGUGGAAUGCUUGUCCAAGAUCCAUCUAAGGGUAAUGAUGUUGAUGCAAUCUUUGAUCAAGCCCGACAGCAAGGUGCUGUUCAAGGACCCCUGGAAGAUCAACCAUCUGCAAGCUCUAGAAGCUUUACUGGGACCGGAAGAUUGCUUUCAGGCGAGACUGCACCAAGUUCACAGCAGCCUGGAUCAGUUGUACACAACAUUGUUUUCUGGAGAAAUGGUUUUACUGUUAAUGAUGGCCCUCUGAGGAGGUUGGAUGAUCCAGAAAAUGGUCCUUUUAUUCAGAGCAUCGGGAAAUCGGAGUGCCCUAAAGAGCUGGAACCCUCGGACAGGAAAACCGCUGUUCAUGUUAAUCUCAUAAAGAGGAAUGAAAACUACCCAGAACCGGCAAUAAGACGUGUCCCAUUUCAAGGUGUUGGCAGGACUCUGGGAAGCAGCAGCAGUAGCAGCUCGGCAACUGAUGUGGGACCCACAGAAGGCCCUGUAGCAAGUGCACCAUCAUCAUCCCCUUCAAUGGGCCUCGUGGUGGAUAAAUCAAAGCCCUCGACUUCCGUCCAGCUCAGGCUGGUCGAUGGGACCCGCAUGGUUGUUCAAUUGAACCACCACCACACGAUAGCCGAUAUCCACUCAUUUAUUGAUGCCUCAAGGCCCGGUGGGCCCAGGCCCUACCAACUGCAGGCGGUUGGGUUUCCCCCCAAAAUCCUGUCCGAUCUCACGCAGACGGUCGAGCAGGCGGGGUUGUUGAAUUCGGUGGUUAUUCAGAAGCUCUGA